AUGGCAUACAACCAGUCCUACAAUCCAGAUGCACUGCCAGCUCACGCAGAGCCAGAGCAGAUGCUAGGUGCCAUGCAAACGAGCAGCUCAACUCAUCAACGACCCCCUCGCCAAUCCUCCCAUCACCCCUCCAACAGCGGCGUGCCUCCGCGCGUCCCAGUGUCCGGCGCGUCGAGCGCCAACCCGCAGCGCUACCCAGCGUCUGCCCAACAGGCUCACCAUGGGGGACGAUCGCCGACCGUCCCAGUGCAACAACGUCCGCACCCAUUACACCCCUCGCCUCCUCCUCAGAACUACGGCUUCGGCCCUCCUCCCUCCCAGCCCGUGCGCAACCGCCCUCCGCCGUCAUCGCGUCCACCGCAAUCCCCCCACCCUCCUCCGCUCUCGGUCCCCGACGAUGACCCACAACAGCUGUUCCCCCUGUUCCGCGCCGCCAACUCCUCGCACUCUGGGGCGCUGACUGAGUUGGAGCUGGGCUCUGCCCUCGUGAACGGCGAUUACACUUCGUUCCACCCCAAGACCGUCAAGAUGAUGAUUCGCAUGUUCGAUCGGAACAGCAGCGGGACCAUUUCCUUCGACGAGUUUGUCUCCCUUUGGCGGUACCUGGCGGCAUGGCGGGAGCUCUUUGAUCGGUUCGACGUGGAUCGGAGUGGCCGGAUCAGCUUGCCGGAGUUCGAGAACGCGCUGGUCGCCUUCGGCUACCGGCUCAGUCCCGGGUUUGUGCAGGUCAUGUUCAUCACCUUUGAGAGCAAAGGGCGGCAGAUGAACGGGCAUACGUACGGCAAACACGGCAUGAGCUUUGACCUGUUUGUGCAGGCGUGCAUCAGCUUGCGCCGCAUGACCGAUGUGUUCAAACGGUAUGAUGACGAUCGGGAUGGAUAUAUCACGGUGAGCUUUGAGGAGUUUUUGACAGAGAUUCUUCAGUUGCAGGAUUGA